AUGGAAGACUAUACACAGCAAGAGAUGGCUGAAAUUCUUUCAAACAUCAGACAGCGAUCAAAGGAACUGCUGGAUGAAUGGGUUGUCAGACUAGCUGAAACAGGAGUAGGAGGCAUUAAUCUUGAUGCCAUAGACUCACCAAAGUUGGCUACUAUCUCAGAGGAUGAGAAUGUAAGGAGGAUGUUGUUAAACGGACCUCCCGCAGUAGAUGGGAAUCCGGCUUCACUCACUCUCCUGGAGCUUGACCAGAUAGGGUUAGAAUUGCGGUAUCCAUCUGUCAGUGACUGA